GACAUGGAGGCAAUACUCCGUGUUCUUGACUUGGAGUGGAUAGACAGCAGAAGUAUUUUGAUAUUUUUAUGUGUUUUUCUGCUGUUGGCUGACAUUUGGAAGAACAGGGUGCCGAAAAACUUCCCUCCUGGACCCUGGGCUCUACCUUUUAUUGGUGAUCUUCAUCGCAUCCAACCUGCAAGACUUCAUCUGCAGUUCACAGAGUUUGCAGAGAAAUAUGGAAACAUUUUCAGCCUUCGUCUUUCUGGUGGAAGGAUCGUGGUUCUUAAUGGCUACAAGCCUGUGAAAGAAGCCUUGGUCCAACGUGGAGAAGACUUCGCAGAUCGUCCCUUUGUACCCUCGUUUGAUGAAUUAGCUAGGGAAAGAGGUAUUGUGCUAUCUAAUGGUUAUCUAUGGAAGCAGCAGAGGAGAUUUGCUCUUCAUACACUCAGAAACUUUGGUCUGGGCAAGAAGAGUAUGGAGCUGUUCAUCCAGGAGGAGUGUCAAUAUCUCACGGAGGCUUUCGCAGAUCACCAAGGCAAGCCUUUCAAUGCCCAGUCACUGAUGAACAGCGCUGUGUCCAACAUCAUCUGCUGUUUGGUGUUUGGACAUCGAUUCGAGUACACUGAUAAGGCGCACCAGACUAUUCUGGACCACUUCAAUGAGAUUGUGCUCUUGCAAGGAGGUAUAUUGAUCCAGAUUUACAACAGCAUGCCCUGGCUGAUGAAGUGGCUGCCUGGACCUCAUCGGAAGAUCUUUGCUCUGUUGUAUAAGAUCAUUGACUUCACAAAAGUCCAGAUCAAAGAACACAAAGAAAACCUCAACCCCUCAUCACCAAGAGACUACAUUGACUCAUUUCUGGUUGAAAUGGGAGAUAAGGAGGACAAAGAUGCUGGGUUUGAUCUCAAGAAUUUAUGUUGUUGCACUCUGGACCUGUUUAUUGCUGGAACUGAAACUACUACCACUACUUUACACUGGGGGCUGCUGUACAUGAUCCACCACCCUGACAUACAGAAGAGAGUCCAGGCUGAGAUAGAUGCUGUGAUUGGUUCAUCCAGACAGCCCUCCAUGACUGACAGAGAAAACAUGCCCUACACUGAUGCAGUCAUCCAUGAAAUACAGAGAAAUGCCAACAUCCUCCCGCUCAAUGUGGUCCGCAUGGCGAACAGGGACACCACACUGGAUAAGUACACAAUCCCAAAGGGCACCAUUUUAAUGGCUUCACUGAAUUCGGUCCUAAACGAUGAGACAAUGUGGGAAACUCCACACUCCUUCAACCCUCAGCACUUUCUGGACCAGAAUGGUAAAUUUAGGAAGAGAGAGGCCUUCCUUCCAUUUUCUGCAGGUAAGCGGGUGUGUCUCGGGGAACCUCUGGCCAAGAUGGAGUUAUUCCUGUUUUUCACCUCCCUACUUCAGAGGUUUUCCUUCUCAUCACCUGCUGGAGAGCAGCCCAGUCUGGAGUUCAACCUGGGAGGCACUCGCUCUCCCAAACCUUAUUGCCUCUGUGCCACACCACGAUAAACCACUACACACAACGAGUCACUGUGUUCCACUGUGUUUAUCUUGUAAUGCAUCUGCUAUAUACAUUUUUGUAAGUCAAUAAACGGAGAUUAAUUUAUGCUUCUCACGCAGACUGCUAUGUGUUAAAGUUCAUACCGUUGUUUCAGUCUAAGGUGGGGCAAGUGAGACAAUGCAAUGACUCUCAGUGCUGUUGAUGACUUGAAUGUAUUUCACCUGCUUCUACAUUUAGGGUUCGUAGAAGCUGAAGUUUGUACAACAGGAUAUUUGAAUAAAUUUUAAAAGCCUUGAAA